AUGACCAACCCCACUCCCCAUCAGCUCCUCAUAAUCAAUCCCAACUCUUCCUCAUCAAUCACCUCCGCUCUCCACUCCGCUCUCAGCCCCUACCCGCCUCCUCAGACCUCCCUCCACUUCUGGAACCCCACCUCCGGGCCGGUGGGGAUCAGCAACGCCGCCACAGCUGCAUCCUCCACCUCUGCAUGUAUGGCGGAGCUCACUCCAGGUCUUCUGGAAGGAGUCGACGGCGUCCUCAUCUGCUGUUUCUCGGAACACCCCCUCAUCUCCACCCUCUCCGAUCACCUGUCCACCCUCCACCCUGACCGCACUAUCCCAAUCCUUGGGAUGUUCCACGCCGGGGUCGCGUCCGCCCUCCUCACGCCUAUGCCAUUCGGGAUCAUUGCCACUGGAACAGGCGAUAAACCCAACCUCGUACUGGCUACCGCCAACUUCCUUGGCUCGUCCUCAUCUACGCGGUUCGCCGGGGUCCUGACGUCCGGUCUGGCGAUCACAGAGCUGCAAGAUGGGGACCAGGCACGAGUGGAGAGGGGCAUGAGGGAAACAGCGGGGAGGCUGGUAGAUCAGGGAGCGGGGACGAUCAUUUUGGGGUGUGCAGGGAUGAGCGGGAUGGAUGGGUGGGUCAUCGAUGCAGCCAAGGAGAAGGGAAAGAGUGUCAGGGUUGUAGAUGGGGCAAGAGGAGGGGUGGAGAUGCUGGUAGGCAUGAUCAGAGCCUCUAGAUAG